AUGGGUCUCCUCUUCGAGUCCCUUCGCGCCACCGCCGCGGAAAACGCGCGCUUCUUCUCCUCCCCCUCCCCCUCCCUCCCCUCCCCCGACCUCAGCGCGCGCCUGGCCGCCGCUUCCCGCCAAAUCCUGCACCACUCCCGCCGCCUCGAGCCGGCCCUGCGCCACCUCUCCCGCGUUUUCCCGCGCUUCGACCUGGACGCGGGAACGCCGGCCAACGGCUACCGCAGCCUGGCCCUGGCCGCGCGCCGCCUGGUGGCGCACGCCGCGCGCCGCUCCCGCGCCCUGGCCCUGGCCGCGCGCCCGGGGUUUUCCCGCCACGCCGCCGAGCUGGAGGCGUGCGCGGCCGCGCUGGCGCAGGUGCGCGCGCUCCUGUGCUUGGCGCAGCGCCUCCUAGCGGAGAACCCGCCCGGGGCCCUGUUCCCGCCAGAAGGGGAUGACGUCAGCGGUGCUGCUGAGGGUGAAGAUGGGGGAGGGGGCAGGGACCGCGUGAGCGAGGAGGUGCUGAGCGAGUUCAGCACCAUGAGGAACGGCUGCUUCUAUGGGCGCUGCCUCGGCUUCCAGUUCUCGCCCGCGCUGCGCCCCUUCCUGCAGACCAUCACCAUCGGCCUCGUGUCCUUCGGGGAGAGCUACCGCAAGGGGGACCCGGGCCUGGGGGUGGCUGCGAGCUCCCUCUUCACCACGGGCAAGUUCGCGCUGGACCCGGAGCUGCGCGGGGCCGAGUUCGAGCGGGAGACGCAGCACCUGGGGGUGGGCUUCUGGAAGCGGUUCUGGAGCCUCACCGAGAACGAGCUCCUGGCGUCCCUGGCGAGCCUGGCGGGCCCCCCCGUGGGGCUGAGCCGCGCCCUCUCGGUGCCCCCCGAGCCCCUGGAGCUCCCCUUGGCCUCUGACCCCCGCUGCUCCGUCACCAUCCCCCCCCCCGCCGCCCACAGCGGCCCCGGCCCCGUGCGCAUGAGGCUGCUCUCGCACCGCCUGCGGCAAGGGCAG